GUGUCCAGCUGGUACACAGUGCUCACUGAGGUCCUGCGCUGCGGAAUGUCAUGUAAAAAAAAAGCCAUGUAUAAAGAGCAACAAAGUCCUUGUAGGAAUGAGGUGAGGGUGGAUGGAUGAGUCAAACAAACACAGGAUGAGACGUAACUGUCUACGGUCGAUGUAGACUUUGCGCUACUGUGGACUCGACUUCUGCGCGCGCGCAGAGCUCACACGGAGCGGAAUGCACGCUAGAGGGCUGAAAGAGGAGAAAGAGAGAAAGACCAGAUAAAGCUCUUUGCAGGGACACGUGGAUGCAAUAAGACGUAUUUUGCCAGCGCAGCGUGAGUGUCCGAGCAGCGGUAAAAGUAGAGGAGAGGAGCAGAAGAAAAACGGAGCGCGUGUUCGUCCCCCCGCUUCAGCACUGCAGGGAGGAGACACGCAGAGGAGGAAAGAUUCCCUUAAACGCGGUGAGAGUGUCGGAUGAGGAGAAGAGGAGAGCGGAGGGCAUCGGAUAGGCAACAACAAGGAUGGCAGCUCCAGACUUAUUGGACCCUAAAUCUGCCACUCACAACACCAAGCCCCGCCUCUCCUUCUCCACAAAGCCAAUCACACUGACUCCCGGGGAGGAGAGUGAGGUGGUUGCCACAGUGAUGAAAUGGAAGACGGUGACAGCCAUCUUUCUUUUGGUGGUUCUGUACCUGGUGAUGGGAGCAGCAGUCUUCAGAUCCCUGGAGCAGCCUCACGAGAGUGCCCAGCGUUUGGCCAUCCUGUCCCAGAAGCUGGAGUUCCUGUCUAGACACUCCUGUGUCAACCAGAGCCAGCUGGAGGAGCUGGUUAAGCAAGUUGUGUCUGCGAUCCGUUCAGGAGUAAACCCGGCAGGGACAAUGACCAACCACAGCAGCCUGUGGGACCUGAGCUCUGCCUUCUUCUUUGCUGGGACUGUCAUCACAACCAUUGGUUUUGGGAACAUCUCUCCUCACACAGAAGGUGGAAGGAUUUUCUGCAUUGUCUAUGCGUUGCUAGGGAUACCUCUCUUCGGCUUCCUUUUGGCUGGUGUAGGAGAUCAGCUCGGCACCAUAUUCGGCAAGGGCAUCGCCAGAGUGGAGAAAAUGUUCAUGCACUGGGACAUCAGUCAGACAAAGAUCCGCAUUAUCUCCACCCUGCUGUUUGUGUUGUUCGGCUGCCUGCUGUUUGUGGCGCUCCCAGCAGCAAUCUUUAAACACAUCGAGGGUUGGUCUGCGCUGGAGUCCCUUUACUUUGUGGUCAUCACCCUGACUACCAUAGGAUUUGGAGACUUUGUGGCAGGUGGUUCAGAAAUAGAGUACUUAGAUUACUAUAAACCAGUUGUAUGGUUCUGGAUUCUGGUGGGACUAGCCUACUUUGCUGCCAUCCUCAGCAUGAUAGGGGACUGGCUCAGAGUCAUCUCCAAGAGGACGAAAGAAGAGGUAGGAGAGAUCAGAGCUCAUGCUGCAGAGUGGACGGCUAACGUCUCAGCAGAGUUCAAAGAAACACGUCGCCGUGUUAGCGUUGAGAUCUACGAUAAGUUCCAGCGUGCCACGUCAAUUAAACGCAAACUGUCGUCAGAGCUGGGAUUUAGCCCUGGCCCUGAGCUCACUCUGCCCAGGAGGACCGUGUCAGUCAAUUUCAACGAUGAACGGGACAGGAACGAGAAGCAGGCCGAGCUGGAGGGCCUGAUGACACCUCUGGCAAAAAACGGUGGUUUGUUCAUGAACGGAUUAGACCCAGAGAGAGGAGAUAGCUCAGUCAUUGAACACCUCAAGUAGAAAGAGGACGGUCAACACCUUUCGAGAUCUUUCCAUGGUUUUUCCAUGUGUCAUCCUUGGUGGCAUCAGUGCUGAGAGCAGAGUUGCUCGACCAAAUGAACUGUUUUUAUUCAAAAAUCAAGUAACAAUGAUAAAGUGGUGCUUUGUGACCCCAACAGUGACAUCUUCACCCCUCUACAGGGAUGUAAGCCUUGUUCAUGAACACUCCAGUGGAUUUUUUGACAGUGGGUCAGUUUUCUCACUUCAUCCCGCCAGUGAACAGAACAUAAGUUUAUCUUGUUGAAAUCAACAGCUAACCCUUGCUAAAGGACAAAAGACAUUUAGAGAAAAAAACACAUAAAAGUGCAGUUUUUGGUAACCUAAUAUCUAAAAGUCAGAAGAAUAUCCAUGAUGCCUGUCUGUGUUUGCAACACUUCAAUAUUUUACAUUCUAACAAUUUAGGAUAAAUUUUUACAACGCAGCUUUACAACUUACGAAUAAUUUUGUUUUUGUUUGUUGCCAUUUUCUUUCUUUAUUGAGUUGUCAGUUUAGUCAGUUGAUGUUAUACAGGCAGUCAGGAAACAUAGGGAAGAGAGAGAGAGAGAGAGAGAGAGAGAGAGAGAGAGAGAGAGAGAGGUAUUACAUGCAACAAAGGUCCCCGGCUGGAUCAAACCAUGGGCGGUGCAGUUAUAUGGUGUGUGGCUUUACCCCUCGGCCAUGUUUUUAAGAAGGACGCUGCUGUUUGCCAUCUGCAUUCAGAACAACACUGACAAUCCCAGAAGGAUGUUAACUGAAACAUGUAAGAGAUGUUACAUAUAUGGUGGGAUGUGAUGAUAUGAGAAUUGUAAAUGUUACAGAAGAUCAUGUCUGAACUACAAAGAUGGUGGACUCGUGAUGGGGAGAGGUAGAUUUUGUGCUAAAUGACUGCAGAAUGUAAAGAUGUUGAGAUUGUGAGAUGGUGGGAUUUGAUAUUGUUUGAACUACAGAUGAGAUGGAGCAGUGUGCUCUAUUGAACUACACAAAUGGAGGACUGUGAUGUUGAUCAAGCUACAAACUGAGUACAGAGAAUUUCUAGAUUGAGCUCACAUUAGUGGCUAAUUUGUCAGAUUUCCCACCUGGGAAAAGUUGAUAACUCUAAUGUUGAAAUAUUUGCAGCUCUGAAAAAUGUCAGUCCUUCACAAAAACUAAAAUAUAAGACUUAAAAGCAUAUGCAGUUUAAAGUCUUUCUGUAUAUAAUUUCCACUAUUGUAAUCGGCUGAAUCAACUGAAUAUAUUGUGGAAUAGUAGCUUAGGUAAAAGAGGUUACAGGGUAGGAUACUGAAUUUAUUAUCUAUUGCUUAUUACAGAUGGGUUUCUAACAAUUAUAAUCACUACCACAGACCACUGAAAUUGCUUUCAUUUAUUUUUGGCAUAUUUUUCCUCCAAACCUGGUACAACAUGUACUGUAGUUAAAUGUUUAAUUUACACAUUCAGUUUAAAUAGUUACUGUCGUUAUCAACAACAAGUAUAAGCCAUUUCAAAGUAUAACUUCCUUCCCAUCAUUCAAACAUGGUUUUGAGUAACCAAAGAGUGAUGUCUCUAUCUUACCUUUAAACUGGAGGAUGUGUAGCUUCUUAUCAGAGCUAAGAAUUUACUCUGUUUGAUCACUGUAGUUUCCAGCAGUCCUACAGUCUUGUUGUUUGGAGUGUAGUGAGUCUUUACUCCUACUUUUGAUGUCUUUAUAAUGUUGUCACCUCAACAUUUUGUUUUUUUUAUGGAAGGCAUCAAUAGAUGAUAUAACUCUUCUUAGUUUUAAAGAAGAGGAAGAAGAUGGAUGUGGUUCAAAGUGGUCAAAGUGUGUCUUUCUGAUUCUGGAUGUAGUUUUUAAAAGGAAUUAGAGCACUGAGUGGCUCUAUGCGGCAAUUUGUCAAACAAUUGCUGUGCCUUAAACUCUUUACUUUGCCAAACCAAGGCCGAGCACAACAAACUGGGAGGUGGACAACUGAUUUAACAAGAGUUCAUACUUAUUUUUGUGUUAUCAGUGACAAUUAUUUACUUCAACUGAGGAAAAUGAGGUGUUUUAUAAGCCCAAAGCGGUUGGUCUGUAUCCAGUCCAACAAAACAAAAUCAGUUGUUCACACUCAUGAUGUUCUGCUGGGCUGGAUCCACAUGUGGCCAUAUUCAUUCAAUAGUGUUUUUAUAUUAAUAUAAUUUGUAUGGCUCAGUGGAUAAAGUAAGUAGACUGUUGCAGGCUCUUAUCUGUUUUAGUGUCUGGAAGCAGAAAAUGUUCUGGGAAAUUGUAGCAGUCACAUAUGAAUGAUGCAGUGACCCUUUGAGCUGAAAUGUUCAUUUAUACUCUGACACAUAAUGUAUCGGAGAAUCAGAUUGGCCUCUGACACAUUUUGCGUGUCAGAGGUUAUUCCAGCAAACGUUUCAGUUUCUACUCUCUGCUGACCGACCCAAAGCUGCUAUAGCUCACAGUAAACUAUUUUUGAGUAGUGCUACCAAAUAUGCAAAUAAUUGCAAGAAAUGUCAAUUACAAGGAAAUGUAUCUGAUCUCUGUCUGUCAUUGUCAGCUGUCAUACCGCUGGUGUCCUGGAGAACAUUGUAUCUAAUUUAAUCAAUUUACUGUGGACAUUUAUGAACUGAAGGAUAAGAGUGUGAGAAACUUGGAGAAAUUGAAUCAUUUGUGUUUACAUUGUUGAGAUAUUAUGGUUUGAUAGGUGGAUUCACGGAUUUGCACACUGACAGGUCAUGAAAGUUUCAAUGCUACAGUUCAAGAAUAAAUUCUGUUUUAAUGCCCAGCUUCACACACACACACACACACACACACACACACACACACACACACACACACACACAAUGAGGGUUUUCUUCCAUGUGUGUACGCCUGCCAUUGAAAAUGCACUUUGAUUUAACAGCCUUUGAACGUAACAACAUGCUAUACUGUAGCUUCCACAGCUAACCAGUCCAUCCAAUCAGAAGGCUUCAAUUUUGUUGCUAUGUGGCAUUAACGACAACUACACGGUUUAACACACAAACUUUUCACUUUAACAAUCCAAGCAAGAGAAUUUUACCCUCAGAUUAUUAACCACAUACAUGAGGAGUGUGAAACCAAUUUAACAACUUAACAAAAUGAUUCAUGUUGAGAAUUUACUGAGAGGGUUUUGAAUGAAUCUAGUGAAUGUAAUGACAAAGAAAAGAAGAAAUAAGUCUGUGGUGCAGCUUGUAGUUUUAUAUGGUAUCAAUGAUAUGCUGAGAACAGCAGGUAAAAAACCUAAUGAAUCAUAAACCUUGCUAUAAGGAUUUGGUUACUAUUAUUUGAGCUUUUUUCAGUCCUAACUGACUUGUAUCUGCGAGAAAGGAUUAUUUUAAUUCUAUCAGACGUCCUAACGAGUCUUUAAGAAGCCCACUGGACAUCCUAAUUGUGCUGAUAGAAAGAUGGAAUAUACUGUAGAUGUUUUGACUUUUACUAUAGCAGUCUCUAUGGUUCAGUACUAACACUGAAUGGAAACAGUAUUACACUGUGUAGUUGCUGGUUGGUCUGCCUUUGCCUUCUGUCUUUGCUAUUCAGUUUGUUAGCAUGACAUUGUUACGCAAUCAUCUUAUUUAGCUGUGCUAAAAUGAAACUAAGACUUUUAUUUUCUGUUAAUGUGCUAGAUAUGUUAAUACUUUUUAUGACGACGUUUUUUUUUCCUAAACUGUAUGUUUGUACUUGUAGUGUUUCAACACUGUGAGUCUGGGAGAACACAUUGUAUUAAUAAUGUCUGUAGAGCUUGUCUAAACACAAUGUAACAAGGAGUUUUAUACAAUAUAUGACUUGAAAAUAUAACAGAUUUUAAUUCUU